CUGUUUUUCAUUUUUCUACUUUUUUUUUUCAUUUUUUAAAGUGGGGAUUUUUUUUUUUCCAUUAACGGUCCUUCUUUUUCAUCAUUUUCAAUGUCGUAUAAAUAUUCGCAGUAGACGAGCUCUCCUACGUAUAUAUAAUUAUGCAUACAUACAUACACCUUGACUUGCGUGUAUAUAUAUAUAUAUACAUAUAUGCUUAAUUGCUUAUAUACUCUGCAACGGCUAAUCCAUAAGUCUGCAGUUGCUGAAUCGAAGGAAGAAAAAGACCCAGAAAAGCAAAUGAACUACAACAAUGGCAAUGACGUGUGGGAUUGGGAAAAUCAGGAUUAUUCCAUUGAAGAUAACACCACGAUUGGAAUAUCUAAUUCCCUGUUGAAUGGAGUGAGUGAAAAUGAAGAAGGUAUAUCGUAUACAUUCAAUGAUGAAACUACUCCAGUUAAGGCUUGUGGAGACUUAGCUUACCAUGUUACCAACAAUGAAGUUACUGGCAAAGAGUUAGAGCAAUGCAAGGAGCCUUCAUCUCAAUUUAAAAGGCGCCGUAUGCUGCAGUUUGAUUCUGAAGUUCUUGAUGCUCCUUGCAGUGACGAUACAUUUUUAAGAUCUAAGGAGACACGGGAAUCUCUUGCCGAUGCUCUAUCUGAAGUAUCCGAGUGGGUUGCUGGAUUCACAGAAGGCACGUCUGCAUCUAAUGAUGAAUAUCUGGACCCUUCAUCUGAAGGGUGGAUUGCUGAUUGCUUUAAUGAUGCUGAGAUGCAAUUUAGCACUGAGGAAAUUGCUUCUGGGGUGUCUGAGGAUGUUCAAAUUGACAUUACAGAGCUUUGCAACUCACCUCCUCCUCAAUUUGAUGCUGUUGAAGUGAAGAGAAAUCCCGUCCGUACUCAUCAAAAUGUUGUUUUCAAAGGUAAAAAAUCGUACAUACGCACACCUCCAAGACUAGCUUCGUCAGUUGUAUACCCAUUUGCCUUCAUUAAACCGUGUGCCAUUCAUGGUGACACGACUCUUAAGGACAUAAACCAAAGGAUACACAAUCCGCCUAAAUCAAAGUCAAACGAAGACGACACUUCUGUUUCUUAUCCAACAUCGGCCUUCUCUGGUAAACCUGUGGUUGGGAAAACCAAAAUUCGUACUGAAGGCGGAAAAGGAAGCAUCACGAUUAUGAGAACAAAAGGUUAAUAUUUUUUUGCCUUGAAUGGAAUGUAGCAGAGGCUAAUUUUCCGGCUGAAUCCGAGUGUUUAUCUUCCCGGAUGAUUUUUUUUUUCCUGGUUAUGAGCUAUAUGAAUUUGGUGUAAGGAUCUCGACGUCUAGUUGAUCCGUGCUAUAUAGGUCGUCUCAUUAGAGGAAAACUGCUAAUUUUAUUGUGAAAGGAAAAGCCAUGUAUCUGUUUGCUGUUUAUUGUGAUUGGACUGAACCUUAAAAGGUUGUAUUUUUGCACCUGUGGAGCUGAUCUUGAAUUGAAGUCAUCUCUGUUUCAAACUUACAUUUGAGGAGUUUUCUGUUAAGAACUUUUUUGAGAAGGAUGGACUGUAAGCUCUCAUAUGAUCAUGUGUAUAUUUCAUUAACUUGUACGUAGUGAUGCACGGGACAAUAAUGAUG